AUGCCUCUUUUACGGUUACAACCGCAUUUGUUCUCUUCCCUCCCGGCACAUUCAUCCCUCUCAAACGAUGCUACUCGCCCGGAGCUCCAAUCGUACACCCGUACCGCCCUGCAGGAAGCUCUCGAGCUUCUCCACUCUGUCCCCUCAUCAUUCACAGCAGACCCUAAGCUGCGCUCCUCGUCACCAUCUGCAACACAGGUAAAGCUCCUGCGCCAUUGGCGCAAGCUUCCAGAAGAUGUCAGCCAAAAGAAUAAUAAACCCGAAUUCUGGGUAUGCCGGCAAAGCGAACAUGUCGAUGCCGAAGCCAAAGGGACGGCGUCAUGGAGUGAAUUUGAGACUGGGUUAAGAUCCAACCAUGCUGAGCACGAGAUGGACUAUACACCAAGUGUCACUGGCGUCGAAAGAUUGCUCAACUGGUCGAGAAGCGAGACUGGAGAGAUUGAAAUUGAUGGGCUUGUUUUCAAGGAUGUGGAUAUUGAAAUUAAUAUGAUAACUCACACUUUCCAUCCGGGUGCGCUUAUUGCUCCCCGCACCUUCAUCUCUUUGACCAUCUCUGCUGCAUACGAUAACCCGCAGCAGGCUCAAGGAGCCCCGUCUAAAGGAUUCAUUACAGUUCAGAUUCCUCUUCUGUCAACUCCAUCCUCUACGCCGGAGCAUCUCCAACAGAAAAUUGACUUUGUCGUCCCAAAACGGACUAUCUUCGCCAACUACGCGAGUGUAGAGCAAGUUAACCUUCUACCCCCGGGAGACAAUGGUCCUAGUCGCAUUGAGUGGACAAUGGCAACAACUUCCGAUGCAGGAGGGUCAAUUCCACAAUGGGUUCAGCGGAACUGGACAAUGGGUGGAGUUCCACGCGCUGUGGUGGCCGAUGUGGGAUUGUUCAUUGGGUGGACUAUGCGUCGACGGACUGCUGGGUCUGUGUAG